AUGAAGUCGCCCAUUCCUGACUAUCUCAAACGUGUCCUCGACAAUGCGCGGCCUGACUUGUCUGGAGCUCCGGCUGGAUACAUUGACGUCCUUGCGCGCGCCGAUACUUCUCGGUUGGCUGUAGCGAUUGCUAUGGUGGAUGGAAACGUUUAUUCCGCUGGCGAUGACGAUGUCGAAUUUUCUAUUCAGUCCAUCUCCAAGGCUUUCGUGUACGCUCUGGCCAUCGAAGACGCGGGACUCGAGCAAGUCCUGAAGAAGAUUGGCGUGGAGCCGUCUGGUGACGCUUUCAAUGAGCUUUCGCUGCAUGAGGGUACCAACAGGCCUAUGAAUCCGAUGAUCAACGCGGGAGCCAUAACUGCGCACUCGCUGGUUGUUAGCCCAGACGCGACUUCCGAGCAGCGUAUCGAUCGGAUCCUCAAAGUUCUCUCGCAACUCGCUGGACGAGACUUGCAAGUGGACGAGGAAGUUUACGAGGCAGAGCUGAAGGAUGGAGACCGUAAUAUGGGACUUGCUCACAUGCUCAAAGCAGCUGGCAUCAUUCGCUGUGAUCCACGCGAAGUUGUCAAAGGGUACAUUCGCCAAUGCUCCAUCAACGUCACCGUGCGGGAUCUCGCUUUGAUGGCUUCAACGWUGAGCAAUGCUGGCUAUCAUCCAAGAUCACAAGUGCGCAUUUUCCCACGAGAGAGUGUCCGCCAAGUGCUCUCGGUCAUGACUACAUGCGGAAUGUACGAUGCCGCAGGAGACUGGGUAUCAACAGUUGGAAUUCCAGCCAAGAGCGGAGUGGCAGGAGGAAUCAUUGGAGCACUGCCGGGCCAAGUAGGUCUUGCUUCCUUUUCCCCCAAGCUAGACAAUAAGGGGAACUCCGUUCGAGGCGUGUCUAUCUGCAAGCAGCUUUCGCGAGACAUGGGCCUGCAUAUGAUGGACGUCAGCCAGAUUGCCCGCUCCACUGUCACUACUUACAUCGCCGUGCUCGACACUCCAGACGACCAACAUCCCAAUGGCCGUCGGAUUGCCAUAUUUCACAUGCGUGGAUCAGUCCGAUUUGCUGGAUCUGAGAUACUCACUCGCGAGUUGACUCGGGCUCUCGGUGAGCCAGAUCCCAAAGAUCCAGGCUCAGGUGCCUACGCAGACGCCUGCGCGGUUGUACUUUCGUUUCGCGAAGUUUUCUCCCUCAACACAGUUGCACGAAGGAUCAUCCAUGAGGACGUGAAUCGAUUGCUUGCAGAGGAUAAGACAGUCGUAGUCAUCGAUCCAACGGGAGUUCUUCGGUGGGAUCGAGAAGGCAAGGACAGACAUCCCGAAGUGGUAGACAAUCAGGACCAGGCAAGAGAGUUCAUUGGCGGGCCGGGCUGCUCGGCAACAGUAGCGGCGAGCUGGUGA